GUGGCAUUUACGUGCAUGAUUUGCUGGCGGGUGGCACUAGAAAAGUAGGUCGAUCAGUAUUAAAUUUUGUUAAGGGGUGGUACUGGCUUCAAGCUACGGAGCCAAGAGCCGGAGUCCUAGUCAAGCAGCUUGCCCAAACACGGGGACAACCUCACCUCUAAAACCCCCACAAAUUCGCUGCUGGAACUUUCUUUGCUCUUUUUGUGAAAUUUUGAUUGCUCUGGAAUUCUGCCACUUUUAAGAUCUAAUUUUUUCACUGUUCAUUUUUCAUACAUUAUUUUUGUUUUGUAUUGUGAAGGAAGAAAUAAAAAAGAAGAGAAAAGAAAGCCUAUCCUGCAAACCCAUCUAGCAAUUGUCUGUCAAUAAUGACUUGCUGUUCCACAAACCCUAGCCGUGAUGAUCAUGGUGGCCACAACCAUGGAAGCGUUGGCGCCGCUGCCUGCUGUUCUGGAGGAGCACAGCAGACUGGGAACCGCUCUGCUGGUUGUGGAGGUGCGGAAAAGCCAUCACCUGCUGGUGAGGGUGACUUCGACCAGUGCUGCAAGGAUGCAAGUGCUGAACGAUGUGAUAAAAGCUGCAUUGAAGGUGUUGCAGCAUAUGAAUGCCAGAGGGCCUGUGAGAGUGAAGCAAGCAAUGCAUCCUCCUUCGAAGCAGGCAGAGAGCAUCUCAUGAGCGAGCAUGUCCACCAACAUGAUGAGGAGGGAAAGCAUACAAACUUGGCAUGCACCAACCACCUUCACGCGGCGUUUGAGCGGUACAACUCGUACCUGGAGUCCGCUCGCUGCAUCUGUCGCAGCGUCCUCAUGAACCAAAAGGAGCCAUGUUGUGCCAGACAGCCGUCGAAGCUCUCGCUCUUCGCAAAGAAAGGCUCCCGCUCUGCUCAUGACGAGAAAGACAAAUUGAUUUCUGCCGAGGAAACCCGCGGGUUGUUAACUUCCGACCAUGGCCACGGCCACGGCCACGGCCACGAUGAUGGAGAUUGCUGCGGAGAUAGCCAUGGAUUCGGGUCUUCUGGUAAUGCAAUCAUUGCUGGUGACCCCGUUGAUAUCGAAAAAGCCGCGGCACACGAACACGUCCUUCUUUCUGUCAGCGGCAUGACCUGCUCCGGCUGUGGGAACAAAAUGGCCAAGACUCUUCGAGAAACUCUCGGAGUGUUCAAUGUCCGUGUCAAUUUCGUGAUGGGAAGUGCCGACUUCGACUUGGAUACCACCGUCAUUCAGGUGGAAGAAUUAAUCCGCAGGGUCACAAGAGCAACCGGAUUCCAAUGUUCCCGACUCGCUAAUAGUGAUCAGUAUAUCGAUGUUUUGAUGGCCAAAGAAGCAAUCUCGGAGAUUUCAGCCAAUCCGCCACGCGGUGUUGUCGAUGUUUCUCCUCUUGGAAAAAAAGCAGCUCGGAUUACCUAUGAUCCCAUGGUGAUCGGAGCCAGGUCUCUGGUAGACUCUCUGGGUCAUUUUUCAAAGGGUCUCGCACCGCCCAAUUACCAAGAUCCUUCGGCAACGGCGGAGAGACGCAGGCUGAAUGACAUGUUGAUCAAGACAGUUGUUUCUGCCGUCUUCACUAUCCCUGUCGCUGUUCUUGCCUGGGGUCACACUCUUGUCCACGAUAAUGCCAAGGCAUACGUUUCCCUUGCGUUGGCCACGGUCGUUCAGGCCGUGGCUAUUCCCGAGUUUUAUAUCCCGGCCAUUUCCUCGUUGAUCUACAGCCGCACCAUUGAAAUGGACAUGCUGGUUGUCAUCAGUAUCACCGCUGCCUAUGUUUAUUCUGUCGUUGCAUUCGGAUUUGAUAUUGCCGGGAAGCCUCUUGAAACAGAGGAAUUUUUUGAAACUAGCACCCUCCUCAUCACCCUGGUCCUCUUUGGUCGACUGGUUGCCGCUUAUGCCCGCAGAAGAGCGGUUGCUGCUGUUUCUACCAGGUCUCUUCAACCUACCACUGCCAAUCUGCUUGAAGGGAAAGACCAUAGAGAGAUAGACGUCCGUCUUCUCCAAUUUGGGGACAGCUUUUUGGUCAUGCCUCAUACCAAGGUGCCAACUGAUGGCAAAAUCGUAGAGGGCGCCAGCGAGGUUGACGAAUCAAUGCUUACGGGCGAGAGUUUACCCGUUCACAAGUCUGUUGGCAUGCCCGUAAUUGCUGGUACCAUCAACGGCUCUGGAAUCCUUAAAUGUCGUUUGACACGUCUUCCCGGCAAGAACACCGUGACUGACAUUGCUGGAUUGGUAGAGGAAGCUUCAAACACCAAGCCAAGGGUUCAAAGUCUUGCAGAUAGGGUCGCUGGCUGGUUCGUUCCAAUUGUCUCCACGGUCGCAGCUAUUGUCCUUAUUGCGUGGGUGGUGGUUUGUGUCAAGGUUCGAAACGCAGCUGGUGGUGAUGCUGUCGGAACUGCGAUCACGUAUGCAAUUGCAGUAUUCGCUGUCUCAUGCCCUUGUGCCCUAGGCUUAGCUGUGCCGAUGGUUCUCGUCGUUGCCGGAGGUGUUGCGGCACGAGGCGGAGUUGUCAUCAAGUCGGGAGAUUCUACCGAGCGGGCUCAUAGCCUGACUGAUGUGGUCUUCGAUAAAACUGGAACCAUCACCACGGGCGAGCUGGACGUCUUGGCAGUAGAGGUACUAUCCGGGGAGCGACGUGAAAUUCUCUCCAUGGCCAAAGCCCUUGUUUCCGACAACAAGCACCCGGUUUCUGUUUCUGUUGCGAAAUAUUUGGAGAACGAAACUGCCGACCAGCGACUUGAAAACAUUCGCUCUGUUCCCGGGGCUGGCGUUGAGGCCACUUUGGAGCACGCUUCGUUGAAAGCCGGCAAUCCUCGUUGGUUGCGGGUCGAGCAACACCCCGCUGUUGUCAACGUCGUCCAACAAUGCAUGACUCCUCUAUGCUUGACUAUAAACGGUGAACUCGUCGCAGUGUUUGGCUUGAAGAGCAAUCUCCGAGCUGAAGUGAGAUCUGUCGUCGAGAAGCUUAGAGAUAGAAACAUCUCUAUGCACAUUGUUAGCGGUGACGAACACAAGGCCGUUGAAGAUGUUGCCGCGUCCGUUGGGAUUCCAAGGCAGAAUGUCGCUGCGCGUAAAACUCCAGCUGAAAAACGGGAUUACGUUAAGAGCCUCAUGGACCGGGGAAAAGUCGUUCUCUUCUGCGGUGACGGUACAAACGAUGCCGUUGCCAUUGCACAGGCGGAUGUUGGCGUCCAGAUUGGUUCUUCAUCCGACGUUACCCGUGCCACUGCCGAUGUCGUCCUGCUGUCCGGUUUGGAAGGCCUGAUCUUUCUUCUCGACGUAUCCACGGCAUCAUUCAGGCGUAUCGUUUUCAACUUCGUCUGGGCAGCGGUGUACAAUGUGUUCGCAAUCCUGCUUGCCGGUGGUGCGUUCGUGAAGGUGCGGAUUCCUCCCGCGUACGCUGGACUUGGUGAAAUUGUCAGUGUUCUGCCAGUGAUCAUUGCGGCCCUCAGCAUGGCGGGGAUGAAGCGAUCUCGUUUCGCCUAAUAGGCCAAAGACUUGACGCGAAAUUAUGGGACUGAUGUAGGGCAAGAUUGUAUGUAGAUUUGGGAAACCCUACAUAGAUUUAAGCACAUUCGAGCAUCGAAUAAAUAUUGACCUUGUUACCUCCAUAAAUCCUAGAAUUAGUUACUAAA